GCUAGACAGCGAGAAAGUGAAAACAAAGACCAUGGGCAAAGGACAACAAGUGGCCGGUAUGCUGAGCGGUACGGACGCUAUCCACGUGGCCACCGUCCUGGAGGACUGUGUAGAUCAGCUGACCAUCCUCGGGAGGAUCAUGCCGGCGUCGUUUGAGACGCGAGUGGACGCAGUGGAGAUGGUCAGUAACGAGCUAAAUCACCUGGUCUCCGGACAGAAGGAGUUAGAGCUACGAUAUCAGACCAUCCUAGCCAAGAAGCUUGACCUGAUGAACAGCACCAAAAACACAGAGCGUCUGACGCAGGUCGAGAAGGAGGUCAUCGAGGCUGGGGCAGAUCUAAAGAACAGCACGCACGUGUUCGGGCGGAGCCUCCGACAGAAUCCUCUCACGGGGGACAACAUGGUCAAAGUACAGGAGGACAGGAUGUUUGUGGAGAGAUGUAUGGCUGACACCCUGUCAGAGUGUAUACAGAACUGUAGCUUCCAAGCCCUGGCCGAGACCGUCCGCACCCAGAAGGAGAGGAAGGCCAGGCUACAGGACACCAUUCUGAAGGAAGAGAAUGGAAGGAGACAUGUGAGAAUGCUGAACAAGAAGUUGGUGGACAUCCAGAAGGAGAAGGAGAUUGAGUUACAACAGAGGAACAAUAUGAUCGCCCACUUCAAGGACCAGCUGCAGGAAAUGAAGGCCAAGACCGACAUGGAGGGGAAGUAUCUAAAGAAGAGCGCCGAAGUCACGGUGGCCCAGACCCAGAAAAAGUGUACACUGUCCGAGAAAGCCCUCCAGGACGAGAUAGAGAGUCUGAAACACAAGAUAGAGGAGGAGCAGAGAUGUAAUCAGGAAAUAGAGAACUUUCUACGGGCACAUCAAGAGGAGCUGGAGAAGAAAGUAGAUAUCUGGAUGGAGAAAUACGAGAAAGACGUGGAGGCCAAGCAACACGAGCUGGACGUACUCAAGGCAUCAAAGGCCAAGGACCUGGAUAAAUUACAGGAACUCACCAAACUGUACAAGGAAUAUGAACAAGUGGUUGUGGAAGACAGAAUAGAGAAAGAAAAGGCCAGAAGGAAGGCCGACCAAGAAGCCAUUGAGCUUAGAGCAGCCACAAGGAUCCAGUCCUGGUGGCGCGGUGUAAUGGUCAGGAAGGGAUUCGGUCCUUACAGCAAAAAGAAAAAGGGAAAGAAGGGCAAAAAGGGAAAGAAAGGCAAAAAGAAGAAGUAAAAUGGCUGCUUAUUUUUGUGUUGGACAAUUUUGUUUUUGUUAUUUUUAUCUCAAUUCAACAUCUAUUUACUCGGGACACUAUCAAACAACAGUUUAUAUGUCUAGUUUACCGUCACGCCAGAACAAAGACAAUUUUUUUUUGCUAAAUAUUAUUUCUUAUCAGAAGUCUAAUGUAUUUAUAUGAGCAAUACCAUGUGAUACUGGAAUGGUAACUUCUUUAAUAUAUUUUAUGUGCUGGUUUUUAUUGAAGGGAAUGAUACAUGAAAUAUAUGUUCUUUGUUGAGAUAUAAAUAUGUUUUAUACCUUGA